CUAAGGUUUGGAUUAAUUAACCCAAAAGGUAUAAGUGUAUAUUUACUUCUUUAAUGAAACCUAUUUUUGUGACUUUGAGCCUUGAGUGCUACUUUGGGAACAAAAACUUGGUUUGGUGCUAUCCUAGUCUUUUUCUCUAUAAUUGUGUAUAUAACAUUUUAUAGUUUAUAAUAUUAUCGUUAACCAGCAUUAAAGAAAAAAUCUGUUAUUGAAAUCUUACGUAAAGUAUGAAGUCUCCUACUUCAGCAUUUUCCAUAUUGUUCCUUUUCUUCGCAAGACGAUGCACACAAAAUUGUCGCUGCUAUUUCAAUAUCAGUCGGCCACCGAAGGAACAGAACAAGGUUUCUUUAACCUAGUAUCCCCUCUUUCGAUACGUGUUCCGAUACCGUUGGAUCCAAAUAGAUCUUGUCACCACUACUACUUCUCUACUUAUCUGAAAUUACUAAAAACUCUAUUUCCAUCAUUUUUAUAAGCAAAAAUAUGUCCCAGCAUCCUUGGGAUGUUCUGUCACCUUUAUUGAUUAAUACUGUAUUAUUAUUUAUAUAAAGAGUAGAAAUAGACAAGAGUUUGCCACCACCAACUGCCAACUGCUACUCAUUAGUUUUUUUUCUUAAAUUCGAAUAUUUUAUCUUUUAGAAGAUGUUGAUGUUGCGAUUUGAAAACCUAUUUUCAUCGAAAUUGAAACUUUUGAUAUGUGUAAUUUAUAUUAAUACACUUAAUAGUUUUAUUUUCCUAUAAAAUCCAAAAACUCCCAAAUAUCUUGUAAUUUUUUGUGUGUUUUAGAGAAAAGUAUGUGUUUGUUUAUUUGAGUGCUACUUACUAUAUAUUUUCUAAAGAAAGAUCCCUUUUGAAACUUUGGUUGUUAGCAGACCGGGCGUACUUCCUUUGUUAAUUUACAGUUUACCCAUGUAGUUUUUCAUUAGAUGAUCAUGAACAUAUGCUAUAUAGAGAUCCAAAUUAGUUGGUGCUGCUGUUAUGGACAAGUUACAUGAUAUACAAAAGUCAUUCCUGCCUACAAGUUUAGUAGGAUUUUUCAACGUCCGUUUGAGAGUUCAUGUGGAAUAGAUUAUCACACUGCGAACAAUGGGCUUCAGAAAGUAGAACAAGCCCAACAAAGCAUCGAGAAUCUCCACAUCAUGCUUAGGCUAAAACGGAUCAAAUCGACAAAUCCUCCUCACAUAAUCUGCUCUGUCGCGGGCUGGCAGGUUUCUUUAAUAAAAAAAUGUCAUAGUAAAAGCCUCUUUAGUUUAAUUAACAUUUAUCAAGAUUUUUUUGGACUAAAUUCUUCAAAUUAAAGCAAACGUUAUAAGAGAAUUUUAACAUGAUAAAGAAAAUGUUAUAAGAGAAUCCCCUAGACUAUAUUUGAGAAGUGAUUUUUAAAAAUUUUCUUACAUGUCAUCUCUACAAAGACUCUCACAAAAAAAAAGAUAACAUGGCACACUUAAAUAGAUGACAUGGCUUAUGAAAAAGAUGACAUGGCUUGUGAAUACUUAAAACUAUAACAUUAUUCCCCGAAGGAAAACUAUAUGGAAAAUAUAUGAUUCCUAUAUUCAAUCAAUAUGGAAAAUAUAUUAUUCAUAUAUUCAAUGACGUGAAUGUUAUAUAUAUAUCAUUCAUAUUACCUUGCAAUAAUUAUUUAACAAAAAGCUUUAGGCCAUGUCGUCUCACACACCUAAAAAAAAUUCUUCUUCUCUUUUGACCAACACUUAUUCAGCUGAGGAAAAACUCAAACCCCUGCAGAUUCCUAUCGACGAUGAUAAAGAAUACAUCGAAGCUAUUAAAGAAGCAAGUUUUUGGUGUUCAGCAAAGUGUCUUCGUCAACUGUUUUGUACAAUGUUGCUUUCAAAUAAUACCAUAACUCCAGAAAACAUAUGGAAUGCUACUUGGAAAAUACUAUCAACAGAUAUAUCAUGUAACGAAAGGAAAAAAAUGGAUGAUACAAGUAAGAUCCUUUUUUUUCGAAAAAAGGAGGAUAAGUAAUACUAAUUAAAUUUCAUUAUAAUGCUCAAUGCUUAUAAUUUAAAUUUGAUUCUUUUCUUUCAGAUUUAAAUUUCUCAGAAGAUCAAAUUAAGAGUUUAGCUUUGGCGGAUAUCAAAUCACUCAUGCGUAUCAAUGGAAGCUCCUUGACAAUAUUUAAGAUUUGAAAUGCCUUAUCAAUAAUAUAAUCUCCGUCUAUUGUUAAACGGUGGCUUUGAUUGCAAUUCUAUUUAUCUUUUAUGUUGUAUUUUAUUAAUAUUAAUUUAAAAUAUGUUAUUAUAAUUAAAUAACAAAGGCAUUUUUGUUCAAUACUUAAUAAUCUUUUGAUACCCUUCAUAUAUACAAUUUUUUCAUUAGGCGUUUUCCUUGGUCUUCUAAACUACAAAUUCUAGAACCUUGAAAUACAUUAUUACGUGCACAUGAGCUAGGCCUGGUGAGACAGUUGUGUGUGUUUUUUGGACACUUGCAGGUCUCUUGGCAACCAUGCAUAAUUUCAGUUAUUAAAUAAUCUCACCGGUUGGAAGAUACAUGCAUGUAUUCAAUAGUUUAAUAAAUUACGAAGUCAAUAAAAUUAAUAUUAAAAAAUCUGGUAUGGAUAUACAAAAAUCAAUUACACGUGGUCAUAAUGAUUCAUAUUCCAAUUUAUAUUCCAAAUUAAAUAUGUAAAAGUCACAUCUUAUUCCAACUAGGUAUGCAUAUUUAGUUAUGAUUACUCUUAUUUAUGCAUAUUUAGUUAUAGUAACUCUUAUUUAGUUAUGGUAACUCUUAUUUAUUACCAUAUUUAGUUAUGGUAACUCUUAUUUAGUUUUGGUAACUCUUAUUUAUUACCAUAUUUAGUUAUGGUAACUCUUACAAUUGCGUGACACGCAUGUCAUGUCGGUGACUUCGUGACUUCAAUAUUUCUUAAAGAUGUAAAUUUUACUUUUUUCACUCAAUUGUUUUGUAUAUUUCCCAUAAAUAGUAAAACACAAAAGGAAAGAAAUAAUUAUGGAAAAUAUAUAAUUCUCACGUGAAUUUGACCUAUUAUGCUACAUAUAGUAACUAUUACAAUUGCGUGUCACGCAUGUCAUGUCGGUUCGUGACUUCGAUAUUUCUUAGAGAUGUAAAUUUUACUUUUUCACUCAAUUGUUUUGUAUAUUUCCCAUUAAUAGAAAAACACAAAAGGAAAGAAAUAAUUAUGGAAAAUAUAUAAUUCUCACAUGAAUUUGACCUAUUAUGCUAUAUAUAUAUAUAUAUGAUAGACAACUUUAAAAUUCACUACCCAUAUUAAAAUUGCCCUCAAGUUUUACAAAGUUUAUUGCAAUGUCGAUUAUAUCUAAGAAAAACAAUUCCUUUGUUCUUGUGAAAAACAUUGAUUCCGCUGAUGAAACACAAAAAAUCAAAGUGAAGGUUCUGGUCCUCUGGAAGACCUACAAGAGUUCUGGAAACACUCAUGAGAUGGUGUUGAUUGAUGAAGAGGGAUCAAAGAUUCAUGCUCAAGUUGAAGAAAACUUGAUGAAGAAACACCUAACUGUUCUGAAAGAAGGUGAAGCUGUGAGCAUCAAUACUUUCCAGUUGAAGGACUAUCUUGGAGAAUUUAGGACCAAUCCUUAUCCUUAUAAGAUUACAUUCUUCAGAACAACUAAGGUCAAAGCAGCUGAUGAUUUUCUCGAGUAUUAUCCAGAAAAAUAUUUUUCAAACUUUGAAGAGAUAUUAUCCGGAAAGCUAGACAAAAACAUUUUGGUCGAUGUGAUUGGUCAAAUUGUGAAUAUUGGACCAAUGGAGCAGAUAAAAACAAAGGGGAAGGAUAACUCAAAGCUUGACAAUAUUCUACGAGAUACAAUAUACAUAUCAGCAUGUGAGCUACUUGGAGAACUCUUGCUUUUCCUACUCAUUAUCGGACUACAUCAGUAGAAAAACUAUCAUUCCAUCUCCCACGUCAACAACUGGUUGUUUACAAUGAAGAUGACCCCGUUGAAGAAGUACUAACCCGAAUUUCUGUCGGGAAGUCCAAGUUUGUAGCCUGGAUGGAGGCCAAUAAGAUAUAUCCAGAAUCAAAAAAUCUCACUUAUGCAGACUUCCCAUCGUACUUUGUCUGGCAUCUAAAACCAGAAUGUGGAAACCAAGGCGGAGGGGUUUUGCAAUCGGAAGGAUCACUUAUGUGCCACCAUCUUUAGGUGAAGUGUAUUAUUUAAGGGUUUUGCUAAAAAUAGUCGAAGGUCCAACAAGCUUUGAAGAGAUAAAAACAGUAGACGGCUGUUAUCUUCCACAA